AUUUUUGAUGUACGUUUUUAGUGUACAAAAUUUGUAAAAUGACGACUAAAACUCUAUAAGUCAAGGCUUGCUCGACCCCAACAAAGGGCAUUGCCACCCAAUCCAAUUGAUAUUGGUGAGCUGGUCGCAUGGCACAGCAAAUUGCACCACUAAACUGGGUCGACGUCGUCGUCGAGCACAAGCUGAUCCACUUUCCGAAAGCUUCAUAAGCGCGUCCAGCGUCGACGAUGUCUUCAGUUGCCGUGUGGAGCCGGUUGAAACGCGCGGAAGUCGCUCGCAUUGGAAAUCGUCGUGUUAUCGUGUCGUCUGAUACCGUAUACCCGGUCAGCCCUUUGGAUUACCCAGCACUUGUUGCUGCUGAUUGCUUUCGUUUUUUGUUUGAGUGAAUCGCUGUAAUCGGAUGCUCCUUUUGGUAGCCCAUUGUAUAAUAAACAAGUGCUAAAAAGUGAAACUAAGAAAAUUCAUUUAAAUCUCAAAUAAAAACGGUGUCAAAUUCUGUUAAGGGAAUAUAAAUAUAUCCUUCAGACAUGCCUAUAAUAUUUAUUUUGAAAUAAAGUGCAUACAAGUUAAUCAAUAUUUAGUAAAAUGAAACAAAGUGUGGAUGAGCUGGAGGCUAAGCGAACGCAGCGAGUUCCUCGUCGCUGCUGUCUUUUUCGUCUGCCCUGCACACGUAUCCUGAUCAUAUCCACAUUGGUACUCAUUACGUUGAUGAUCUCAUUGAUCUAUCAUGGCAUUGUACUCGAGCGCAUGGAUCACCUGCGUCAAAUAAUGGCGCUCAAUAAAAGGCACGCACAGAACUUGCAACCCAUCGAUGAAGAUGUUUUUGUAAGGAGACCACAACUGCAGCCUUUUCACAUUCCGCUAAAGAAAGAUGAUCCCGAGGCAAUAGCUACCAAGAGCGAGGAGAAGUCAUUGCGCUUAAAGCACAUGCGCUUCAAGUUUCGAAUGAAGCGAAAGCAUCGUUUACGUCGUAGUUUGCAGUCUGUUGAUCUGAUUGAUCCUCUCCAGCUGGAGGCCAGCAUGCAGUAUCUGUAUACAAGGAUGCGCAGCAAACGUGCCAGGGCUGCGCUGAGUCAGCUGGAGAGCGAGUAUGUGCGAUGCAAGAAACAGACUCCGGAGGACUGCAUGUCGGCCUUUAUGCGCAUGUACCAGAUGGCCAAGGAGGUUACCGAGAAAAUGGACAAGAUGAAGGAAAUUAUUAGGGAUCACCUAGGAUCCCAUAGCGUUGAGUCGCAUGAGUUUCAUACAUAUGCACCAGCAAAGACGACCAGGACAUCAGUGGAGCAACAACAGGAGGUCACAACUCCACUCACAAAUGUCAGCGUGGCUGGCAACGGAGACAUCGAGGAGACAACGCUGAAACCCAAUAGAGUUAAGAUAAAACCAGCACAAAUCAGUUGGAUCAUCGAUGGACCUGGACACGAUGAGCAGGAAGCAUAUGUUGAGAAUACGCCGAGAGCUAUGGAUCAGAUCAAUAUGACCACAACUUUGGCAACAACAACGAUGGAGAGCACAACGCCAACAACAACAAUAGAGAGUACCACAUCAACAAGCAGACGCAGUAGCUCCUCCGCCACCACAGAGGAGAACACAACGGCUACAACAUCAAUAGAUGCCACCACAUCAAGUAGUAGCAGCAGCAGCAGCUCCUUUACCAUCACCACAAGCCAGCCUUUGUCAAUUCUUACCACUGAGGGACUAGACUCGGACAAUAUCACCGACCAAAUCACUUGGAUUUUGGACCGCUUCGAUAAGGCCAAAGAGAUUGUACACACCACAGAGGGAACCAAUGAGAAAACAACCAUAGGCACCACAGAGAAAACUAUUUCGCCUCAGGUUGUGCUACAAGAGACAACCAGCUUACCAAGCUUUGAAAUUCAGCCGGGUCCAUUGCACUCGGACGAUCAUAGGACCCAGCCCAGCGCCAAUACAACCACAGCGCCUACAACAGAUGCACCCGAACCAUUCACAAAAACAACCACAGGACUGAACGCGACGGACGUAGAAGAUAAAGACAUGCAGCCAGGCUCAACUACGUUAAAUCCAACCACAAUGCCCAUUAGUACAGUCAGUACAACCACAAUGCCCAUUACUACGCUCAGCCCAACCACAACGACCGAAGCUGUGGAUGGGUUCAAUCGCACCGCAUUUCCUACCAAGCCCAAGCCAAUGAAGAUCAGUUGGAUUAUUGACAGCGACGCCAGCAGCAAUGAAGUGAAUAGCACGACCCAAGCUGCAGCCACUGAAACCACAACUGGAACCAUCACUGAGACCACCACCGAGUCCACCACCGAGUCCACCACCGAUUCCACCACCGAUUCCACCACCGAUUCCACCACUGAAGGUGCUCGAGCGGUGCAUCCGUUGGAUGAUCCCAGCAGCAUAGAAAACAUGUUGGACAGCUUUGAGCGCCAUAGGCAGGAGAAGCCUUUACUCAAAGUGCUGCCUAGCAAUGAGCAAGAGAAGCCGCUUAUCAAAGUGUUGCCCAGCAACGAGCAGGACAAGCCGCUUAUCAAAGUCCUGCCCAGCAAUGAGACCGGAAAUCAUGAAGAGUCGAAGACUCCGAAUGUCUACGAUCGCAAUCAUUGGCUGCAGAAGUUCGAGCAGGAUGCAGCGCCGCCACAGGAUGAGCUUAUCGACACGUUUGGCACGGAGCUGGAUGCCAAGAGUCUGCAGCAAAUGGGACCCAAAAUAAACCCUAUCAGUGGCAAGGUGCCAAAUGCCGCCGAUGCACAGCUCAUGUCGAUGUGUGCGCACUUAACACGGAAACUGCGACAAAAGGCGGCCGCAGAGGGCGGCUCUGGUGAGAUGGAACCGUUUACUGCCUCGCCCAGCGUGCAGUUUACUAGCCGCGGACCUGGCGGCUUUCCGGUCUCUGGCGAAACAAUGAAAGCCUCCGCCCAGUUUAUGUUCAAUCCGAACUUUGGCAUGCCCAGCAUACCUGUGUGCUUCUAUAUGACACCCGCCAAUUUCCGCAUGCCGAUGUGGUCGCCCACGCCCUCGUUUAUGGGCAUGCAGGGCGCCCACUUUGGUGGCUCGUCCAAUGCCGGCGGCAUAUUCUUUGUGCCGCAGCAGUUUGGGCCGUCGGGCAAUUUCUUUGGCGGCAGCGGCGGCACGGCGGGCGGUGCACAGAAUCAGUUGCCCAACAUCUUCUCGAAGAACGCAUCACCACAGAAGCAGCCCAACGGACAGCAGCAGGUCUACUGCACCUAUAUGCAAAACCAGCAGGGACAAGCCGGACAGGGACAAACGAUGCAAAACAAUUUGUCGCCUGGCAGCCAGGCGGGCUUCUCCAAUGCCAAUUUCAAGAUGCGACAUGCCAAUCAGACGGGCGUGGCACAUCAGGGCCAAAUCAUCUACGCUUCCUAUCUGGGUAUGCCGCAACAGCCGCAGCAGCGAUUCAAGUGCCCGGAAGCGGAUCAGCUGGCUUGCUAUGGGCAGCAGGAGUGCAUUGCCGCCUCGCGCUGGUGUGACAAUGUCAUCGACUGUCCUGAUGGCAGCGAUGAGUCGGCCUGCACCUGUGCCGAUCGCCUGGAUGAGGAGCGUCUGUGUGAUGGCUAUGCGGACUGUCCCAUGGGCGAGGAUGAGCUGGGCUGCUUCGGCUGUGAGUCUCUGGCCCACUCCUGCUACGAGAAUGCCGAGGAAUAUGCGCGACACAAUCGCUCCACCUUGUCCAUGUGCUACAGUCGCCACGAGCGCUGCGAUGGCUUCCACAACUGCUUCAAUGGACGCGAUGAGCUGCAGUGCAGCAUGCUGCUCACAGAUGUUGGCCGUCAUAUGGCCCAUGCGGCUUCUGCUUCGGAGGGUUAUCUGUAUCACAAUCAUCGCGGCGAUUGGUAUCCUGUGUGCAACAAUGGCGCUGGAUGGGCGGCCGCCGCCUGUGAGUUGGAGGACCUCAAUCAAUCCGCAAAUCUUACCUUCAAGCAGCUUAAGCUGCCGGGUCCGUUCAUAGAGCCCUCGUUGCAUGCGGGCAUACACUUUGCCCAGGGCUGCCAUGGACGUAAUGGCCAGGACACGCUGGUCGAUCACGUUGCCUACGUCAAGUGCCCGCAUCCGCAGUGUGGCUUACCCAGUAAGCCUAGCGAGAGUGGGCGCACAAAGCGCACUAAGAGGGCACCCAUUGCGGAUCGCCUGGAGGCGGAUAAAAGUCGGAUCGUGGGCGGCAGCUAUGCAAGUCCCUUGCAGUGGCCCUUCGUGGUGGCCAUCUACCGGGAUGGCAAGUUCCACUGUGGCGGCACCAUCUACUCGGAGCAUUGGAUCAUCAGCGCGGCGCAUUGUGUAAUCAACUAUGCCAAGUAUUAUUAUGAAGUGCGCGCUGGACUCUUGCGUCGCACCAGCUACUCGCCGGCUACACAGAUACAAAGCGUUUCCCAUGUGGUGGUGCAUCAGGCUUACGAGCGGCGCAGCAUGCGCAACGAUCUCUCCCUGUUGCGCGUUGCGGCGCCUCUGCAGUUCAAUCGCUGGGUGAAGCCCAUUUGCUUGCCAGAUAUGGGACGAACCACAUUUGGCCAGGAUUGGAUCUGGGGCCCAGAGGAGCACACGCUCUGCUCAGUUAUUGGGUGGGGUGCCAUAAGAGAGAAGGGUCCAAGCAGUGAUGCCAUGCGCCAGGUCAUUCUGCCCAUACGCAAGGGCUGUACGGAUCCCGAGGAUCGGGCUUCUGAGGACGUUUGUGCCGGUGAGCCCGGUGGUGGUCGCGACGCCUGCCAAGGGGAUUCGGGUGGACCGCUCUUCUGCCGCAGCGUCAGUCAGCCCGAACAAUGGUAUUUGGCGGGCGUCGUCAGCCACGGCAAUGGCUGUGCGCGACCCAAGGAAUUUGGCGUCUAUACACGUGUUGCCCUCUAUCUGGACUGGCUGGAGCUAGCUGUGACGCCCGGACUGCUUCCAGCACGCCAGCCGCUGCAGAAGUGCCCGGGAUUCAUAUGCGUCUGGGGCGGCAAGCGUUGCAUUUCCCAGCGUUUGCGCUGCGACCGCAACGUGGACUGCCUGGGCGGGGAGGAUGAGCUGGGCUGUGCCUACAACUUUAUACCCGACAUGGUGGGCAGCCAGCAAACUGUAAGCAGCACCACAGAAAGCGACUAUUAUCCAGAGAAACAAGCGGCAGCACACGACCAGGAAGCACAGCAAACAGAGCACAAACAACUUCAGGAUGUGGCUAUAGAAGAUGAGGAUUUGAUUGCUCAUAUUCUGACAGCGCCACCACCGGAAAAUGAAACCAGGCAGCUCGGCACAACACCAGCAACAGCACAGAGCGAUACCUGGACAAUAACUGAGGAGAGCAGCACGCCUACAGCAGAGAAUGAAGCGGAGCUUGACAACGCGACUUCAGCUCCUUCAGCGACAACAACAACAACAUUACCAACAACCAUAUUGCAAACGACAACAACAGCAACAACAACAUUGCCCACAACUUUGCCGCCCCCAACAACAACAGCUUGGCCCUCACCCACCGAGGAUUUGAUGAAAUUUACGGAUCUGAUGAGCCAACUGCUCGAAGAGUCAACAACUGCAACCACGUUCGAGCAGUUGGUAAACACAACGCUAUUCGCUCUCUCUCUCACGACAGAUGCGCCCAAUAUGGGCACAACAACAAGUGCAACACUUGGAACAACAAUUGCAACGACAACUGAAGCUGAGAGCACAACUUUGGUGGCUUCCACAGCCGCCGACAAGAGCACAACACAAGCUGUGACACAGCCCACAACAACAGAGACAACUUCAACUGUGGCAAUAACAGAGACAACUACAACUCUGGCAACAACAGUAACAACACCAACAACAACGACUUCAGCCACAUCACAGCCAACAACAACAAUAACAACAUCAACUACACUAAGAACAACAGCUGCAAUAGCCGCAACCACCAAGCCUAGCACAACGGAGCGCAGCAAGGUCAGCGCGGCGGAGCAGCAGCUGCCCCAUAAGUUCAUCUGUCAGAAAAUGCCUCAAAUUGUUGAUCUGCUGCAUCGUUGUGAUCGACAAGUGGACUGCGAGGAUGGCACCGAUGAACUGGACUGCAGCUGUCGUGACUAUCUCAAGGGCGGCCUCAGUGCGCUCAUUUGCGAUGGCAAAGCCGACUGUGAGGAUCUGAGUGAUGAGCAGAACUGUGGUGGCUGUCAGGAGCACGAGUACCACUGCGCGCUGUCCAAGAGCUGCCUGCCGCUGGCCAAGCGCUGUGACAAAGUUGUGGAUUGCAAGUUCAGUGAGGACGAAAAGGAUUGCUUUGCCUUAACCAAUGGCCACGAUGUGCACUUCGAUGCGCAUCAGCAGCCCAAGUUCAGUAGCGUUGGCGUCUUCUCGAAGAAUACGCAUGGUUCGUGGCGCGUGGUUUGCGCCCAUGAGACGGGCUUCCAUGAGCACCAGGCUAAGACGGCGGACACAGUCUGCGCCUUGCUGGGCUUCAGGGGCGCCCACUACUACAACAGCACGGAGUUUGUCAGCCAGCAGGAGAUGCAGUUUAUUACACCAGAGCUAAUCACGUCACGUUCUGGCAACCAGCUGCGAGCGCUGAUGCGGGACAAUGUCCAGCUAACCAGCAGGGAGAUGGUUCUGCCGAGGCACGCGCACCAAACGCUGCCCGGGCGGCAAAAGACGCGUGUCGUGCCCAACAAGUGUCUGGGCAUCUAUGUGGAAUGCAAUGCCCGUUCUAAUAUGACAUUGCCGCUGAAAACCUUCAGCGCUGGACAAGCGAUAAAGCAGCGUCCCGCUGGGAAUCUACCGGAGCUGCUGCCCAGCAUUGGCACGCACAAGAAGCCGAAUGUGCACUUUAAGCCGCAGCAGCCGGCGCAGCUGGUCAACAAAAAGGAUGAAAUAAUGGAUCGCCUGGACAUGCUGAUCAAGAGCAAGAAUAACAAGACGCUGCUGGUCCACGAGCAGUUGCACGAGGCCAUUGAGGAGCUGCACUGGCCAUGGAUGGCUGAUGUCUAUGUGAAUGGUGAACUCUGGUGCCUGGGAGUCCUCCUGGACAAGCACUGGCUGCUGGUGCACGAGAGUUGCCUCUCCGGCAUAAGCUUUGAUACGCACUACAUCAGCGCCUUGCUGGGCGGUGGCAAGACCAAGCGCUCUUUGCACCGCAGCACCCACGAGCAGAUACGUCGUGUGGACUGCUUCGAAGCGGUGCCCAGGUCCAAUGUACUGCUGUACCAUCUGGAGCAGCCGGCAAGAUUUACGCACUACGUCCUGCCCACUUUUUUGCCUGAUAUUUCGGAUGAACAAGAGAGCGCCCCGCAUGAAUGCAUCAGCGUGCUGCACGAUGAUUUCACUGGACGCAUCAAGACGGUGGCCAUUACAAGAGUCAACAAUGAUACCAGCUGCAAUUCCUGUUAUCAAAUGCAGGAGCGUCAGCCCUCGGGUAAUUUGAUGCGCAUGCUAAAUGUAAGCGCCGAGGAUAUGGCAUCCAUAUCGGACGAAGUGGAACUGGUUAGCGGUGUGACGGCCAGAGCGAUGCCUGCACUAACCAAGUUCACCAGUUGCACGCAGUUUGGACAAAGGAAUCUGAGUGAUGUUCAAGUCCAGCCCAGCGAUCAGGGCGUGCUUGUGUGUCGGGAUUCGCACACCGGCUGGUAUCCUUCGGCAAUCUUUAGCUAUAAUAAUACCGACUGCCAAAGCUUCAGAGCGCCUUUUGGCAUUAGGACACUGAACGAGGCAUACAAAUCACUGCAGGAAAUUAUGGAUCAACCGCAGUGCAGCAAUGUGCAGGCGUCGCCUCCAUGUGAAACCCAUCGCUGUCCCCUGGGCGUCUGUCUGCCGCAGUCGGCGCUCUGCGACGGCCGCAGCGACUGUCACGAUGGCAGCGAUGAGGAGGCGUCCAAAUGCCGUGAGCUAAAACAUCACUGUGCACCAGGCGAAAUGAAGUGCCGUUCAAGCGCCAAGUGUGUGCCCAAGAGCAAGUUUUGUGAUCAUGUGCCGGACUGUGAGGAUAUGACGGAUGAGCCUACAAUAUGCAGCUGCUUUACUUAUUUGCAGGCCACGGACCCUUCCAAGAUAUGCGAUGGCAAGCGCAACUGCUGGGACAAGAGCGAUGAGAGUUCGGUGCUGUGCAACUGUACCGCGGAUCACUUUCAAUGCACUUCCUCUCCUGAGGAUUGCAUACCACGUGAUUUUGUGUGCGACAAGCAUCCCGAUUGUCCCAACGGCGAGGAUGAACGCUUCUGCUUUGGCAUUGAGCACCCGCUGCAGGAGCAGCAGCAGGAUUACUGGGCGCAUAGUGAAUAUAGUCACAAGAAGUUAGUAUCACAGUAUGGCCAAGUAAUUGAACAAUCAUAUGGCAUUUGGCAUACCAAAUGCUUUCCCAAGACUUCGCCACCCAGCAUAUCCGAAGUGCGUGAUAUCUGCAAGAAGCUGGGCUACAAUCCGGAUCGAUUUCCCAGCUAUCGCCUCAUAGAUGAUGCCACCAAUGAGGCCAAGCACACCUUUGAGGUAGCUGACAGACGAGGACGCGUUUUCGGCAAUGACACAUUGGUCGGCAAAUAUCGGGACUCUACGAAGGCGCUGAUCGUCAGCAAAUUUUCUCCGCUGCAGCUGAACGAACAGCUGACGCUGUUUCUCAAGCCUAGCCGGGCCAUUGCUGAGCUGGUCAGAUGGAAUACAACGGAUUCGAAUCGCUGUUUCAGGCUGGAAAUACGCUGUGCUUGAAUAUUUAUUUCCAAAACCUAUCUAAAUCUCGUGAUUGUAUUUUUGUACGUUUUAGUAGCAAAUAAAAACGGGAUUCUUAACAUUCUUUACCAAACACUAAA